AUGGUCUUUCAAAUCACUUUCUCAGUGGCAUCACUGUUUACAAAGCUCUCCCUGCUGUGGUUCUGUCGUCGUAUUCUUGGAGCUGGGAUCAAAGGACCAUUCCGAAUCUUCAACUACUGCCUCAUUGCAGCCAUGGUCGUGGUCACAUUAUUGUCUCUCAUCCUUAUCUUCAUCACCAUCUUUCAGUGCAUCCCUGUCCACGCCUAUUGGGACCUGAAUCCCACGUAUCCCCAUCACUGCUUGGACGGAAACACCGACCGUGUUCGCUGCGAGUGUGGUCAACCUCUUCAACGACUUUCUCACCACGGUGGUCCCGAUGCCUUUGAUCUGGAGACUGAAACUCCCAGCUCGCCAGCGUCUUGCCGUCAUUGGCAUCUUUGGCCUGGGUGUUUUGGCCAAUGUUGCGGGUUCUGUGCGGACGUAUUAUGUGUGGAAGGCCAUGAUCGAUUCGUACGAUCAAACCUGAUCUGUGCUUGUGCACCUUCUCUCCGGCCACUGAUCGCCUCCAUUCUUCUUCGUCUUUUCCCAUCCUUGAAGGAAAGUACCUCCUACGGCCGCAGCCGUGGGACGGGAAAGCUCUGGAAUUCGACCAAGAAUUCACGGAUAAUGGUCCGAUCAGGGUCACGAAGAGAUACUCUGGACGGGGGUAGAGAUGCCUCAACAGACCAAAUCAAAAUCAUGCGCACGGUAGAGAUGGAGACUUAUUACGAGCGCCAUGAGCCACACCACGAUCACCCCAAGGGAGGAUUCGUGGACAUCGAAGGUGCUGGGAACCCGGAUACCAGAUCAAAGUCGUCAUCUAAGUCAAUCCAGGAGUACGGAACCAUAUGA